AGUGGGGACUGUUGUGAAAAUGGCGACGCCUCGUCGCUCUUCUCAGCAGCAGCAGCAGCAGCAGCAGCCUGCUCCCCUGAUGUCCUCCCCGCCCCGCAGCUCUUCCCUCCCCACCAGCCCUGCAGGCGUCCAGCCUGGAUGCCUCGACGAUAUCCGGCCGCUUCUCCAGGGUGCAACGCUAGAGGCGGCGGCUGGAGGCGAGGGAACCCCGGCCUCUCCCAGUAGCAACAGCAGCUCCAGCAGCAGCAGCAGCGUUAGCUCCUCGUCCACCACCGAUGGCAGCGGGGCUAGCGCCGGUUCUACGCCCGAAGCCGUCAGCGAGAACACGGCAAGCCACGGUAGUAGUCCGAACGGGGCUUUUAGAGAGCUGUUUGAAGCUUGUCGAAACGGAGACGUAUGCAGGGUGAAGAAACUUGUGGAUGUUAUGAAUGUGAACGCGAAAGAUAUGGCUGGACGGAAAUCCACUCCUCUCCACUUCGCUGCAGGUUUUGGGAGAAAAGAUGUGGUGGACCACCUGCUGCAGACUGGAGCCAACGUCCACGCGCGGGACGAUGGUGGUUUGAUUCCUCUUCACAACGCCUGCUCGUUCGGCCACUCAGAGGUAGUGUCCUUACUGAUGUGUCAGGGUGCUGACGCCAAUGCCCGAGACAACUGGAACUACACGCCCCUGCAUGAAGCUGCUAUCAAGGGAAAGAUAGACGUCUGUAUUGUGUUGCUGCAGCACGGCGCCGACCCAAACAUCCGAAACACUGAUGGCAAGUCCGCGCUGGAUCUGGCUGAACCAUCCGCCAAGGCUGUACUCACAGGUGAAUACAAGAAGGAUGAGCUGCUGGAGGCGGCGAGGAGUGGAAAUGAGGAGAAGUUAAUGGCCUUGCUUACUCCACUCAACGUUAACUGCCAUGCAAGCGAUGGUCGCAAGUCAACACCACUCCACCUGGCUGCAGGUUACAACAGAGUGAGAAUUGUUCAGCUGCUUCUCCAGCAUGGAGCAGACGUGCACGCCAAGGACAAGGGUGGCCUGGUGCCUCUCCAUAACGCCUGCUCCUAUGGCCACUAUGAAGUUACUGAGCUGCUGUUAAAGCACGGAGCUUGUGUAAAUGCUAUGGACCUUUGGCAGUUCACACCCCUCCAUGAAGCAGCAUCGAAGAACAGGGUGGAGGUGUGCUCUCUGCUACUGAGCCACGGAGCUGACCCAACUCUGCUAAACUGCCAUAGCAAGAGUUCAGUGGAUAUGGCACCAACCCCAGAACUGAAAGAGAGACUAACUUAUGAAUUCAAGGGCCAUUCACUGCUACAAGCUGCUCGGGAAGCGGACAUGACCAAAGCGAAGAAGACACUGGCUUUGGAGAUCAUUAACUUCAAACACCCUCACACACACGACACCGCUCUGCACUGUGCAGUUGCAUCACCACACCCAAAGAGGAAGCAGUUGACGGAGCUGCUGCUGAGAAAAGGAGCGAAUGUCAAUGAGAAAAAUAAAGAUUUUAUGACACCUCUUCAUGUGGCAGCAGAGCGAGCUCACAAUGACAUAGUGGAGGUGCUGCAGAAACACGGCGCCAAGGUGAAUGCCCUGGACACAUUGGGUCAAACAGCAUUGCAUCGUGCUGCGCUGGGCGGUCAUCUGCAAACCUGCAGGCAGUUGCUAGGAUACGGAGCUGAUGCCUUGCUGGUGUCUCUGCAGGGAUUCACCGCAGCUCAAAUGGGAAAUGAAGCCGUCCAGCAGAUCCUUAAUGAAAAUGUUCCAGUCAGAAACUCAGAUGUGGAUUACAGACUACUGGAAGCUGCUAAAGCUGGUGACCUGGACACUGUAAAGUCUCUGUGCACAAGUCAGAAUGUGAACUGCAGAGAUCUGGAGGGACGUCACUCAACGCCUCUCCACUUCGCUGCUGGCUACAACCGAGUCUCAGUGGUGGAGUACCUGCUGCACCACGGGGCUGACGUCCACGCGAAAGACAAAGGUGGUCUUGUUCCUCUACAUAACGCCUGUUCGUAUGGUCACUACGAGGUGGCUGAGCUGCUGGUCAGACAUGGAGCCUCAGUCAAUGUGGCGGAUUUAUGGAAGUUCACUCCUCUUCAUGAGGCAGCUGCAAAGGGAAAAUAUGAAAUCUGCAAGUUGCUCCUCAAGCACGGAGCGGACCCGACGAAAAAGAACCGAGAUGGCAACACAUCCUUGGACCUGGUGAAGGAGGGGGACACGGAUAUUCAGGACUUGUUGCGAGGCGACGCUGCGCUGCUCGACGCUGCUAAGAAGGGAUGUCUGGCUCGGGUGCAGAAGCUUUGCAGCCCAGAUAAUAUUAACUGUCGGGACACACAGGGACGCAACUCGACCCCUCUUCACCUAGCAGCUGGCUACAACAACCUGGAGGUGGCGGAGUAUCUGCUAGAACACGGAGCCGACGUGAACGCCCAAGACAAAGGAGGCCUGAUCCCUUUACACAACGCUGCUUCAUACGGGCACGUGGACAUCGCUGCCCUUCUCAUCAAGUACAACACCUGCGUCAAUGCCACAGACAAGUGGGCCUUCACUCCUCUACAUGAGGCGGCGCAGAAGGGGCGGACCCAGCUGUGCGCAUUGCUUUUAGCCCACGGAGCCGAUCCUACCAUGAAGAACCAGGAGGGCCAAACUCCGCUGGACCUGGCCACUGCCGAUGACAUCCGUGCGCUGCUGAUUGAUGCAAUGCCACCGGACGCCCUGCCCAGCUGUCUGAAGCCCCAAGCUACUGUGGUCAGCGCAAGUGUGGUGAGCGCGGGAGCCACUGGUGGAGUGGUCAUUUCUCCGUCGCCGUCACCGUCGUGUCUGUCGGCAGCCAGCAGUAUCGACAACUUGACCACGCCCCUUAAUGACAUGUCAGUGGGCGGAGCCACUGGGAUGGCGGAUGGAGCCUCCGGGGCAGACAGAAAAGACGUUGAAAGUCUGCUUGACAUGACCAUCAACCAGUUCUUGAAGAGUUUGGGCCUCGAUCACCUGAGAGAAAUCUUCCAGAGGGAGCAGAUUUCGCUGGAUGUUCUGGCAGACAUGGGUCACGAGGAGCUGAAAGAGAUCGGCAUCAAUGCUUAUGGUCACAGGCAUAAACUCAUCAAGGGCAUCGAGAGGCUUCUGGGAGGCCAGCAAGGUGCCAAUCCUUACUUGACAUUCCACUGCUCAAGUCAGGGGACUGUGCUGAUCGACUUGGCGCCAGAUGACAAGGAGUUCCAGUCUGUGGAGGAAGAACUGCAGAGCACAAUCAGAGAGCACCGCGAUGGAGGCAACGCAGGCGGAGUCUUCAGCCAGUACAACAUCAUCAAGAUUCAGAAGGUGGUCAACAAGAAGUUGCGGGAGCGGUACUCGCACCGGCAGAAGGAGAUCGCGGAUGAGAAUCACAAUCACCACAAUGAACGGAUGCUGUUUCACGGUUCGCCCUUCAUCAACGCCAUCAUCCACAAGGGCUUCGACGAGCGCCACGCGUACAUCGGCGGCAUGUUCGGCGCCGGCAUCUAUUUUGCAGAGAAUUCCUCCAAAAGCAACCAGUACGUGUACGGGAUUGGUGGAGGCACCGGAUGUCCCACCCACAAAGACCGGUCCUGCUACGUGUGCCACAGGCAGAUGCUGUUCUGCAGAGUGACGCUGGGAAAGUCCUUUCUCCAGUUUAGCGCCAUGAAAAUGGCCCACGCUCCACCGGGGCACCACUCCGUGAUUGGUCGGCCCAGUGUCAACGGGCUGGCCUACGCCGAGUACGUCAUCUACCGUGGGGAGCAGGCGUACCCGGAGUACUUGAUCACCUACCAGAUAGUGAAGCCGGAGAGCUUGGCCACGCCCACAGCCUCUGCUGAGCAGAAGUCUUGAAUCUCAACGGCCUCUGAAGGGAAGGAGAGGUGCUUGAAAGCAAACACUACAACUCAACCAUGAGAACCUCCGGCCCGAAAUACUGGAGCUGACCAGGAACAUGAAGUGUCUUUUGGGUGGAACACACACACUGUCUACAUUUUAACCUUCACGCUACACGUGUUCUGGACUUGGGAUCAGAUGAUUUGAUACAGCGUGUGUCGAAGGAAGAAAAAAAAAAGCAGCAACAUUUGUGUUGUUCUUUUGUAAAACAAAAUGACUGGAAUGAAUAUGAGCGACAGAGAUUACUGUGGACGUACUGAAGCGGACAGAACCCACAGCAUGAGCUGAGCCUCGGACUCCAGCUUAACCAGGGCUUCACAUUUGCCCCUUUCUAGAACCAGUCGCCAUCUUCUUGAUCCACACAGGAUCUGUUUGUCUUAAUUGAAUCACCGAAAUACAAGCUAACCUCGGCCUUACGCGCUCAAACAUCGGUCUGAAUCACUGGCGACGGAUUUGGAUGGAGAUCUUUGUCUUCAAAGACAGGUUUUCUCGCAGGCUUGAGCAGAAGCCCAUUCCUUUUGAAGCCCACUGACUGAAACCAGACUUUGACACUGUGUGAGACAGAGAUUUGCACAGCUAACACAAACUGCACCAGACAACAACUCUUCAUCUUCUGAACCGCUUUUUCAAACUGAGGUCUAACUUCCACAACGUGACACCACCUUGUACCCGCUCAUAACUCUCGAAGUCAGAAUUCAAUCAAAACACUCAAGUCGAUGUUGAGCAAUGGCAUUAAAGCUAUAUUUUGGGUGAGUCAUGUUUGCGUCUGGUGCAGCCGAGCCAUCAGUGUCAGACGGGUCCACUGUCGCUCCUCCUGACGAUGUUUACAUGAAAACUGCUGCCUUUCCACUGCGCUUCUGUCUUGCUCUGCCGCCAUCUAGAGGCAAGUUGCUGGAACUACGGCGGGUGGCGCUCGACGUGGGAGUUACCAAUAUUUAUUUAAGGUCUUUAAAGCUGUGCAUUUUGAUUGAAAUUUCUAUUUUGAAAUGUGAAUUUUGAACACCCGUUUUGGUGACGCCUCCAGAAAACGUCGUUGUCAUUGUGUGGCGCUCAAAAAACAACGUCGGUUUUGGCGUCAUUCAAGACAAACGCAGGAAGAAACAACGGAUUGAUGAAGCUUUCACCUUUUAAAGUUGCAUAUUUACAAGUAAACUUUCCCAAGAUGACUUUUAAAAAUCGUGUUAAAAAUGUACGAAAGCGGCACUGAAUCAACCGUGACACUGGUCACACGCGUUUGAAUGUAUUUGCGGGAAGAGUUUUUACUCCUGACAUACGAGCGUGGGAACGUUUGUGUUCAACUUCUCACAGUAAAGAGUUUUUAUGUUCAUUUGCAACUUUAAAAUGUGUUGAACCAGCGGGACAUAAACUCAGCAGGGGCUGAUCGCAGGUGUGUACAGAACCCGCACUGUUGCCAUGACGACGACGACGACGCCGAUGUAUGAAGCUUUUAACUCAGCUUUCAAUCAAACCUCUUAACCUCAUCAUACGACUGUCCGUGUUUUCAUGUUAUUUUCUUUGGUUUAUGUCACUAGAAACAAAGAAACAGGACCACGCGUAAGCAAGGCGGCGCUAGAGUGCAGCGAGACAUGACGGGUCUUCAGAACCAUUCUGGGACGUUUCCUCUCUCGGACCAAGUGCUUGUUUUUGACUUAAGAGUGUUUGUGUCUUUGGUCAAAGGCAGAAAAAAAUGUAUAUUAAAAUGAUUUAAUAACC